CCAACAUAAUCAUGGCGGUGGAGAUUGGUGUGGUAGAAGAACCCUGCGGCGGCCGGCCAUAUGUUUUUGGGUUUUGAAACAAAAAAACAUCCAGCUCUCGCGCCUCUCAUCCUAAAAUGGCGGCUGUUGAACCAGUUUGUGGUGGAGCAAUAGAUUCAGUUGGUCCCUUUGCCCCAAAAUGGAAACCAUCAAAAUCCCUCUCAUUCAGAAUGCAUCGUCCUUCACUCUUCUCAGUUCGAGCUACUCAGUUAUCCGAUGACAACGACAAAGCCUUCAAAGAACUAGGUAUGUUCUCAUUGAGAAAGAAAAUCGAAGCUGCUGUUGACCGAGCUGAAUUGUUAGCGCCAAUGGCUUUAGAGCGUGAAGAAGCUAGACGCAUUAAGCAAGAAGAAAGGGUACGUGGGCAUGACUUGUGGAAUAAUGUACAUCAAUCAAGUGACCUUCUUGUUAAGUUAGCUAACAGUACUAAAGUAGUUGAAGCUCUCAAAGACCUAACUUACAAGGCUGAAGAAGCUAAGUUGAUAACUCAGCUUGUGGAUUUGGAUGCUAUAAAUUAUGGGUUUUUCAGACAAGCUUACACUGCAUCUUUAGAUGUGAGCAAAUUGUUGGAUGAGUAUGAGUUGUCUAAUCUUCUAAGAGGGCCAUUUGAUAAUGAAGGGGCUUGUGUGAAGAUUGAAGCUGGAACUAUGGGCUUCCAAUCAGAGAUAUGGGUAGAGAAGCUACUAAAGAUGUAUACAAAAUGGGCUGAGAAACAAGGAUUUAAAGGAAGAAUAGUUGAGAAAUGUCUUCUAGCUGAUGGUGGUAUAAAAUCGGUGGAAAUAGAGUUCGAAUUCAAGUACGCUUAUGGCUAUCUUUUGGGUGAAAGAGGCGUUCACAGCAUGAUAGGCAGUUUUCCAGAGACAUCUUCUCCCCAUAUGGUUAGUUUGGCUGCAGUGGAUGUCAUUCCUUUAUUUUUAGAGACGAGUCCUGACCUGCUUAUUAAUGACGAGGAUCUUGAGAUUUCAUCGCUUUCUUCACGGGCAAAGAAUAAUCAUAUUGGAAGUGCUGUUUCCAUUCAUCACCUCCCAACCGGUCUAAGGGUUAAGUCAUCAGGGGAAAGAAGCUGUUUUGCGAACAAAAUGAAGGCAAUUAACAGGCUGAAAGCGAAACUCCUAGUGAUUAUGAGAGGACUGGGAUUAUCGGACGUGAAAAGCGUAGAAAGAAAUGCAAUUGGUGGGGUAUGGGAGGAGCAGGCUAGACGUUACGUUUUUCAUCCAAACAAGAUUGUACAAGAUGUAAAAACGGGUACCCAAUUGAAUGACUUGAACUUUGUUUUAGAUGGGAAUUUUGAACACUUCAUUGCAGCUAGUAUCAAUUGCAGACAGACCUAAUAAUAACAUAUAUAUGUUUGUUUGUUAGUUGAUUGUGGGUGCUUUCUUUUUA